UAUUGUUACAUGCAGGACAAUAUACUGUUCAGAAUGAUAAAUUUGGAACUCGACUGUUUCUCAACAAUCAAUGAGGUUAAUGAACUUCGUAGGAGGCUUUUAGUGAAACAAUUUGAAGCUGGUGCUUCUUCUUCUCAAACCAUACUUUCAUCCCAGAGUGUAUUUCCAGUCCGUCAAGAAUUUCUGAUUGAGACUCCUAAGAGACACGUUGAUGAAAUUAUCGAGAUUGAAAGCGUAAUGUCGUGUGUGGUAGUUGCAACGAUCAAAAUUGUUCAAGAAAACUAUGGGUGGUUUUAUCCGGCAUGUCGAAACUGUAACAAGAAGGUGUUGACUAAAACUGAAUACUUACAAUACGCUAAAACCAUUUCUGAUGAGGUCAUGGAUCUGUCACCUACUUCAUUGGUUUGCCCAAAAUGCGAUAAAGAAUGCACAUCGAUAACCACUAAUUCAAGGUACAUUUGAGAGUUCAAGAUGAAACCGGUAGUGUGUCUUUUGUGAUGUUUGAUAAAGAUGUAAUCAAGCUCGUUGGUUCAACUGCGAGUGAUAUAAGGGAACGCCAACUGAAGCGGAUGAUACUGAAAGUUUUCCACAUGAAAUAUCACGGUUGGUCGAAAAGAAGUUGGCUUUUAAAAUUGAAGUUUCUGAUUACAACCUUAACCAUGAAUACCACGUUUACACUAUCCAAAAAGUAGGGGUGAGCAAGAAAACCGAAAUAACCGAACCGAAAAAACCGAACCGAAACAAAAACCGACGGUUCGGA